AUGAAGCCAAUCAGCCUCGUUGGCUUACUUUGGCUCGGAGCUCUCGCAUAUGGCCAGGCAGUAUUGAGUAGUGCAAUAGUCAACUGCAUCCUGCAGAUCAAUCCUACCGGCACCUCACAAACAUCGCACAACCAAGUCUUCAGCUUUGGCUGGCAACACUGGCAAGCCUCGACCAGCUUCUAUAGUCUUGCUUUCUUCUCGACUUCGGCCUACUCCCCCGUCGUAGCAGGAUACGACGCGACUCGCCGUCUCAUUCAUGCCACGAGCGGGAACGAGAUGUCAUUGACCAUCGUCGUCGUGCCAGCCAAAGAUGGGACAUUCUCCAGCUUCACCGCCGGUGGUUUCGUUACCUACAAUAACCAGGUCAUCUACAUCAAUCCUACAGAUAUCAAUGCUUACGGUGCCUCGUGUACUAUUACUGCCGACGGAAGCGCGCGCAACUUCAAUCUGUGUCACACGGGUGCACCUCGUUGCUAG